AUGAGCUCAACUGUUUCAAAUCCUCAAGGCAUCAUGCAACCAAGUGGUUACGGUGGCUAUGACUCCCGAAGUAGCAGCACUACUAGCUCCUUUGUGCGUCCAGAAUCAGAGUCUAACGAAAACGACGAAGCAGAGUUGGUUUCCGUGUCCUGGAAUCAAGAUUCCUGUUGUUUCGCUGCUGGAACGAGUCAUGGAUUUCGUAUAUAUAACUGUGAGCCUUUCAAGGAAACUUUCAGACGUGAGCUGAAGAACGGAGGGUUCAAAAUUGUGGAGAUGCUUUUCCGAAGCAAUAUCUUGGCGCUUGUUGGUGGUGGACCGAACUCUCAGUACCCUUCAAGCAAAGUACUCAUUUGGGAUGAUCAUCAGAGCCGUUGCAUCAGUGAGUUUGCGUUCAGGUCUGAAAUCCGUGCAGUGAAACUGAGGAGGGACCGGAUUGUUGUUGUGCUUGAACAUAAGAUAUACGUUUACAAUUUUAUGGACCUGAGACUUCUUCAUCAGAUUGAAACACAAGCAAAUCCGAGAGGAUUGUGUUGCCUUUCUCAUCAUACAAAUACGUCUGUUCUGGCUUGCCCUGGUCUUCAUCGAGGAGAGAUUCGAGUUGAACAUUUUGGACUUAACAUGGUGCAAACCAUAAACGCUCAUGAUUCUAGUAUUGCGUGCAUGACCUUGACAUUGGAUGGUUUGUUGCUCGCAACUGCCAGUACUAAGGGCACUCUGAUUAGAAUCUUCAACACAAUGGACGGAACUCGUUUGCAAGAGGUACGAAGAGGAGUGGACAGAGCAGAUAUAUAUAGCAUUGCACUUUCACCAAAUGUGCAGUGGCUGGCAGUAUCAAGCGACAAGGGCACUGUUCACCUUUUCUCUCUUAGAGUUAGGGUGGUUGGGGAGGAUGCUCACUCCACUGAAACUGCAGCGCUCCUGUCACAACAAACUUAUUCUAAUUCUCUGCAGGGCCUUGUUUCUCCAACCACUGGUACCAAUCCCGGUUCAUCUUUGUCGUUUAUGAGAGGUGUUCUACCAAAGUAUUUCAGCUCGGAAUGGUCAUUUGCACAGUUCCAUGUAUCAGAAGUCACACAAUUCUUUGCAGCAUUUGGCAGUAACAACACGGUUGCGAUUAUCGGCAUGGAUGGAAGUUUCUACAGAUGCAACUUUGAUCCUGUUAACGGUGGAGAGAUGGGGCAGCUAGAAUAUAUUCGUUUUCUGAAGACAGAAACCCGCCCGAGUUAA